GGUGUGAGCAACGUCCAGUAGGUGGCUGUGGCGGCGACCAGGGUACCAGUAGUUCUCAAGGAGCGACUAGAACACCAGUAGCUCUUAAGGUACCAACCACAGUGGCGCUCGGCCCCUCCUGUCCAAGUGAGGGAUAUGCUGCUGCUGUUUGGUGUUAGUUGGGGACGUCCUGCAGACACUGCAGUAGGGAACAUGUUGUUGCUGGGGAGCGUGUUGUUGAGUGUUGGUGCUGGAGCGUUGCCUGUGAACACCACCCAGCACUAUGCCUGUCCUCCCAACACGUGGUGUGUGUCCAAAAACUUCUGCCACACUGACCACCUCGCCUACAACUACACGCCCGCAGAAGAUGCGACCCGGGAUGAUACAAAAUACAUGUGUGGGCGGACGGUGGACAGCGAGGGGACGGUGUGCUGCCGGAACCACACUAGGCUGCCCACGCCCUUCACGCCCACCUCCACAAACUGGUUUUACAUGCUUGAGAACUCUACCACUCUGCGCAUCCCGGUGGAGAUCGUACCGUGGCCUGGAUACGUCGUCCAGCAACCCUUGAGACGCCCCCUGCAGCAGGAGCCCCCGAUAUGUCCACCUUCCAGUGUGUGUACUCCCGCCACCGUCUGCCCCGCCUCCAGCAUCACCUAUACUGCUGCCAUAUUCUCAAAGGUCUUGGACAGAAAGUACCGAUGUGGCGGAACUUGGGACACGAGAACAUGGUCAUGCUGUUCACUACACACAAUAGUGAACGCGCUCCACGCUUACAAAGGCAGCCAAGGCUCGCCCGACGACCGUGGCGGAGUGAACAUUAACAUAAACUUCCGGGAGAAGCAGGGCUCCCAGCCAGGGGGAGCCGAUGUCUUCCAGUACAGGAUGUCCCAAGACUCUUCAGACGCUCGCAUGGAUAUAAACCAUUCACAUCUGAUCAACUCUCGCAUACCGGACUACUAUGAGAAACAACAUGCCAAAGAAUUAGCAGACCAGUAUCUUCUGGCCGUCAACUCGACUAGAAAACGAAGAGAAGCAAUUACUGUUGAAGCGGAAAAUGCUGCUGUUGGUCACGCUGCUGCAUCGUCUAAUGCUUCAGGGUACAAGGUGACCCCAACAACGAACCUCAACCCAUCACGGAUCCCAGGAAGCGGUUCUCUUAACAUCUCUCUCCGCGCUGCCAUUCCCUCGCCGUAUCCUGUAGAAAAGGGGUGCGGGAAGCCCCUAUCCCCUGUGUAUGAUGGGAGAGCCUUGGACAGCGAUGUCACCCUUGCCAAGGAGGGCCAAUACCCGUGGCACGUUGCCAUCUUGACGACAAAGUUGGAAUAUCUGUGUGCAGGAGCAGUUAUAGCUGAAAGACAUGUAAUCACAGUUGCUCACUGCGUCCAACACCUAACUCCUCGCGACCUGAUCGUCCGUGUUGGCGACUAUGAUCUCUCUGCGGACACUGAGAGCUUGCCUUCCUACGACGUAACAAUCCUGAAGAUAACUUGCCAUCCAGACUACAGGCGGCAGAACUUGAAUGCAGACAUCGCCGUGGUGGAGCUAGAGUACCCGGUGCUGCACCUGCCCAACGUGGUGAAGGCCUGCCUGCCGACGGCGGCCGCCACGUACCUUGACAACCAAGAAUGUUACGUUCCAGCCUGGGGCUUCGUUCAGCCUGACGAGGGUGGCACUGAAAGAUACAAAAGCUUCAGCCCAGUUCUGAAACGGUCAAGAUUUGUACUCGUGGAACAAGCUACGUGCCAGCGGCUGUUUAGGAAUAUCAAAAGCCUUGGUGCCUUUUUCAAGCUACUCCCUGGAUUUCUCUGCUGCAAGGGCAUCCUGCAGACUCAUACUUGUCAUGGUGACGGCGGGAGCGGCCUCGUGUGUCGGACCUCUACUGGAGAGUUUGUACUUCAGGGUUUGGUCUCUUGGAGUAUUGACUGCGGCCAUGGGGUGCCAACUGCGUUCGUGGACGUAAACUAUUAUCUACAGUUUAUUUUGUCCAUAGUUGGGACAGCCACGACGCCAGGAUCAUCUUACGUAGCUGCUGUAGUCCCGCCUCCGGCCACCACCUCAUAUACAGGGGCGCAGCAGAGCGCUGGACAAGCUGCUGCAACAGGUGGAUAUGCAGCUUACGUCGAUCCUUUCCUGACUGGUGUAGUGAAAGAGUACGAACUGUCUGACGACGGAAAAGUGCCCGGUAGCCCCGCUGUCCCUUAUGUUCAGACAAGCUACCAGCAGACCUCUGGUCUUAAGGAAGAGGGCUACCAGCAGACGGGUGGCUACCAACAAGCGUCGGGUCUGAAAAAGGAAGAGGGCUACCAGCAGACGGGUGGCUACCAGCAGACGGGUGGCUACCAGCAGACGGGUGGCUACCAGCAGACGGGAGGCUACCAGCAGACGGGUGGCUACCAGCAGACAGGUGGCUACCAGCAGACAGGUGGCUACCAGCAGACGUCUGGUAUAAAGAAGGAAGAGGGCUACCAGCAGACAGGUGGCUACCAGCAGACGGGUGGCUACCAGCAGACGUCUGGUAUAAAGAAGGAAGAGGGCUACCAGCAGACGGGUGGCUACCAGCAGACGGGUGGCCUAAAGAAGGAAGAUGGCUACCAGCAGACAGGUGGCUACCAGCAGACGGGUGGCCUAAAGAAGGAAGAUGGCUACCAGCAGACGGGUGGCUACCAGCAGACGUCUGGCCUGAAGAAGGAAGAGGGCUACCAGCAGACUGGUGGCUACCAGCAGGCGUCUGGCCUGAAGAAGGAAGAGGGCUACCAGCAGACGGGUGGCUACCAGCAGACAGGUGGCCUAAAGAAGGAAGAGGGCUACCAGCAGACGGGUGGCCUAAAGAAGGAAGAUGGCUACCAGCAGACGGGUGGCUACCAGCAGACGGGUGGCUACCAGCAGACAGGUGGCCUAAAGAAGGAAGAGGGCUACCAGCAGACGGGUGGCUACCAGCAGACGGGUGGCCUAAAGAAGGAAGAGGGCUACCAGCAGACGGGUGGCUACCAGCAGACGUCUGGUCUAAAGGAAGGUGGCUACCAGCAGACGGGUGGCCUAAAGAAGGAAGAGGGCUACCAGCAGACGGGUGGCUACCAGCAGACAGGUGGCCUAAAGAAGGAAGAUGGCUACCAGCAGACGGGUGGCUACCAGCAGACAGGUGGCCUAAAGAAGGAAGAGGGCUACCAGCAGACGGGUGGCUACCAGCAGACGGGUGGCUACCAGCAGACAGGUGGCCUAAAGAAGGAAGAUGGCUACCAGCAGACAGGUGGCUACCAGCAGACGGGUGGCCUAAAGAAGGAAGAUGGCUACCAGCAGACAGGUGGCUACCAGCAGACGGGUGGCCUAAAGAAGGAAGAGGGCUACCAGCAGACGGGUGGCUACCAGCAGACAGGUGGCCUAAAGAAGGAAGAGGGCUACCAGCAGACGGGUGGCUACCAGCAGACGGGUGGCUACCAGCAGACGGGUGGCUACCAGCAGACGGGUGGCUACCAGCAGACGGGUGGCUACCAGCAGACAGGUGGCCUAAAGAAGGAAGAUGGCUACCAGCAGACAGGUGGCUACCAGCAGACGGGUGGCCUAAAGAAGGAAGAUGGCUACCAGCAGACAGGUGGCUACCAGCAGACGGGUGGCCUAAAGAAGGAAGAGGGCUACCAGCAGACGGGUGGCUACCAGCAGACGGGUGGCCUAAAGAAGGAAGAUGGCUACCAGCAGACGUCUGGGUACAGAGAUGAUAGGUAUCAGCAGACGGGUGGCUAUAGGAAGGAUUACGACUACCAGCAGACUGGUGGCUAUAGGAAGGAUUACGACUACCAGCAGACGGGUGGCUAUAGGAAGGAUUACGACUACCAGCAGACGGGUGGCUAUAGGAAGGAUUACGACUACCAGCAGACGGGUGGCUACAGGAAGGAUUACGACUACCAGCAGACGGAUGGCUAUAGGAAGGAUUACAGUUAUCAGACGGGUUACAAUGACUACUCACCACCAGAAUAUUCUAGUGACAAGUAUGGUUAUCGCCCGAAUAUCGGUCGCUACGAAGCAGACGACUAUGAACCAAAUGACCCUUACCAAUCGGACUUUGAAACUGGUUAUGGCAAAUAUGACUCGUCAGGGUCGCUAUACAAGACCGAUUCUGGUUACGACUCUUACAAGUACGAGUCUGAUCAAACCAAUUAUGACGAGAAAAGACCUGCGCACAAGAUCGACGAGCACCACGAUGGUGGUUCUUAUGAUAAAGGUAAUAAGUUAGACUAUAAAGACGACCUGAAAGAACAGUCGCUUGUAGGGUUCUUGAGAAAACAUGUUGCUGUUUAGUUGUAUAUAAAGCAUUGCUUUAAUGUUUUAAUGUUUUACAUAUAUAAUUUUUAGUAAUUUGUCUUCAUACAUGGUUUGAUGUUUGCGUGCAACGUGUACUCUUGUUCCCUCUUCCACUUUGGAAAGGCUUGUAUCAAAGCUACAAAUAAAAAAAUAAUAAAC